AUGAACCAUAACUUCCCGCCUCUGAAGAAUGACCGCCUUCUUCGAGCUGCUCGUGGCGAAAAGGUCGAUAGACCGCCCAUGUGGGUAAUGCGUCAAGCCGGCCGAUACCUUCCUGAAUAUCACGAAGCGAAAGGAAAACAUGAUUUCUUUGAAUGCUGCCGGUCGCCGGAGAUCGCCUCGACUUUAACUCUCCAACCCAUCGAUCGUUAUGAAGGGCUCAUAGAUGCCGCCAUCAUCUUCUCCGACAUUUUGGUCAUUCCUCAGGCCAUGGGCAUGGAUGUCAAAAUGGUCGAUGGAUUGGGACCUCAGUUUCCGGAUCCGCUCCGCUCGCCCUCAGACAAACAAUACCGAGAGGUGUUGGAACGAACAGUGGAUGUCGCGAAAGAGCUCGAUUACGUCUACAAGGCCAUAACAUUGACGCGGACCAAGCUCGCCGGCCGAGUGCCUUUGUAUGGAUUCUGUGGUGCCCCGUGGACUCUCCUCUGCUACAUGGUCGAAGGCGGAGGCACUAAAAUGUUCAGAUAUGCCAAAACCUGGAUCUACAAGUAUGGCAAGGAAAGCAAGGCAUUGCUUCAAAAGAUUGCGGAAAUUUGCGUCGAAUAUCUCGCGUUGCAAGUCGCCGCUGGGGCGCAGAUCAUUCAGGUCUUCGAUUCGUGGGCUGGAGAGCUGUCGCCGUCCUCAUUCAGAGAGUUCGCUCUGCCCUAUUUGAAAUACAUCUCGGAAUUUCUGCCGAAGAAACUUCACGAGAUGGGCGAGGAGAUUGUACCCAUGGUCGUCUUUGCAAAGGGCGCAUGGUAUGCUCUUGAUGAGCUAUGUGAUUCCGGUUACGACGUGGUCGGCCUCGACUGGUUGCAUGAUCCAAAGGAAGCUGUGAAAAUCGCCCGAGGAAGGGUGACGUUACAGGGCAACGCAGAUCCCGGUGUCUUAUACGGCAGCCAUAAAGGGAUCACAUCGGUCGUCGAAGAGAUGGUGAAGGGUUUCGGAGGAGGGAAGCAGCGCUGGAUUGUCAACCUGGGACAUGGUAUCACUCCAGGUGUCAACCCUGAUGACCUGAGAUUCUUCUUUGAAGAGGUUCAAAGAUGCACGGCGUGA